AUGGCAGUUGAAAUUCGUUUUCCCUGUUGCUUUACUGACUACCUCCGUGCUGUGCUUGUGUGCCCCAGGGUCAACAGCAGCCUGUCCAGCGAUGAGCUCCUCCUGGAAGACUUGGAGACGGAAGGAGAGAGGCAGCUGAAGAGCCUCCUUCACCACCAGCUCGAUACCACUGUCUCCAUCGAGCAGUGCAAGUCAAAGCGGAGAUGCUUUGCCCCUGCAGCUUUUUACAAGCCUUUUGGGGAAGAGGCUGCAGGGGCUUUGACCUUGUCACAGUUCCAGGCCCUACAGGAGAGCAACAAAGAAACUGCCUCUCUGCGGGAACUCGGGCUGUCCGACUCGGAGAUCCUGCUCUGGAAGAACCGGGCUUCAACAGGGAAGGGCUCUGGGCUGGGAGCAGCCCCGGAGGCCACACAGGACCGACUCCAUGCCAUCCAGGAGAAGAUGGAAGAACAACCCGCCGCUUUCCUCCGGGCACUCUACCACCAAGAUGACACUCAGAAGAAGGUAACAGAUGAAAAGGACCCCAUGGUUCAUCUGGAGAGUGUUUACCAAGAGCUGCUGAGCAAGAAGUGGCCUGAAGAAGUCCAGCCUACCAAGAGUGACCCAUGCUUGUGCCCAUCCCCAGCUCCGCAGGGGCCUGUGGCUGAGGAGUCAUCACUUCCAGACCAGGAAGAGCAGGCAGAACAGGCAAGAAGUCCCAGCCUUCCUGCAACAAGGCCCCACCAGUCCCCUCCAAGGUCUGUGAUUAUCAAAGAGCCUGUAGAGUUUGUACCGGAAGAGGAGAUCUGCAAGAACCGUCUCUCAGAGGAAGAACUCCGGAAUAUACCCAGGUUCUCAUCCUACCAUCCUGGGGAGCCCAACAAGGUGCUGUAUUUGAAGAACCUGGGCCCUCGAGUGACAGUGAAGGACCUAGUGUCCUUGUUUGCUCGGUUCCAGAAGGAGGGCAGCCCACCGAUCCAGUUCCGCCUCCUGAGUGGCCGGAUGAGGGGUCAGGCUUUCAUCACCUUCCCUGAUAUUCAGUUGGCCCAGGACGCCAUGCUGUUGGUGAAUGGGUACAAUCUGCAGGGGAAGCCACUGGUGAUUGAAUUUGGGAAAAGCAAGGGGCAUUCCCCAGAGGCUGACUCUGCCAUCCCCUGCUCCUCUGCUGGAGAGAACCCCCCUGCCAAGUAA